GCCGCGAGUGGGGGCGCGGCGCGGAGGUGCCCUGGGCGCGGCGUUGGCGAGGCGGCGCCCUGCGCGGAGCGGAGCGAAGGGCAGGCAGCCGGGCCCGGUGCGCGGCCGCGGGGCUGCAGCGGACGACGAUGGCCGCGCCCGCGGGGGCCGGGGCGGAGACGGCGACCCUGGACCGCCGGCGCUGCCUGUGGUCUGUGCUGGCGGCGGCGCUCGGGCUGUUGACUGCUGGCGUGUCAGCCCUGGAGGUGUACACCCCGAAAGAAAUCUACGUGGCAAACGGGACACAAGGGAAGCUGCCGUGCAAGUUCAAGUCUUCGAACACCACCAGCAGGCUGACCACCAUCUCCUGGAGCUUCCAGCCGGAGGGAUCCCACACCACCGUGUCGUUUUUCCACUACUCCCAAGGGCAAGUGUACAUCGGGGACUACCCGCCAUUCAAGGACAGGAUCACCUGGGCUGGAGACCUCGACAAGAAAGACGCAUCGAUCAACAUAGAAAACAUACAAUUUAUCCAUAACGGCACCUACAUCUGUGACGUCAAAAACCCGCCCGACAUCGUCGUGUACCCGGGAUACAUCCGCCUCUAUGUGGUAGAGAAAGAGGCGUUGCCCAUGUUUCCGGUGUGGGUGGUGGUGGGGAUAGUGACGGCUGUGGUUGUGGGUCUCACCCUCCUCAUCAGCAUGAUCCUGGCUGUCCUCUACAGAAGGAGAAGCUCGAAGCCGGAGUACACCGGCUGCAGCACCUCAGAAAGUGUGUCACCGGUUAAGCAGGCUCCACGGAAGUUCCCCUCCGCCACAGAGGGCCUAGUAAAGAGCCUGCCUUCUGGAUCUCACCAGGGCCCAGUCAUAUACGCGCAGCUAGACCACUCCGGCGGACAUCACAGCGACAAGAUCAACAAGUCAGAGUCUGUGGUGUACGCGGACAUCCGGAAAAAUUAAGAGAAGACCCAGAUCAUAUCCUAAGUGAGAAACAAACUCAAACGGACUCCUGUGCAGCAGUGUGGCCCACGGCACGUGGCCCGGACACGGACAGGCCGGAGAGGAGGCGCUGUAAAGGAUAUGUAUAAAUCUUCUAUUUAAUCUCGGACGGGAGGAGCAGUGGUGCAUGAAGAAAAGAUGAUAUGAUUCCACAUAUA